AUGUUUUCUACCGCACGUUCUGAUACGUUGUUCUUAGGGGGUGAAAAGAUUAGUGGUGAUGAUAUUAGAAGUCAAAAUGUUUUGGCUGCUCAAUCCGUUGCCAACGUUGUUAGAUCCUCGUUGGGUCCUGUUGGUUUAGAUAAGAUGUUAGUUGAUGAUAUUGGAGAUGUUACAGUUACCAAUGAUGGUGCCACUAUAUUAUCUCUUUUAGAUGUCCAGCAUCCUGCUGGUAAGAUUCUUGUGGAAUUAGCCCAACAACAAGAUCGUGAAGUUGGAGAUGGUACAACAUCUGUUGUCAUCAUCGCAGCUGAAUUAUUAAAGAGAGCUAAUGAAUUGGUGAAAAAUAAAAUACAUCCUACAACUAUUAUCAAUGGUUAUAGAUUGGCUAUUAAAGAGGCCAUUCGUUAUAUCAAUGAAUGUUUGUCACAAAGCGUAGAUCAAUUGGGUAAAGAUACUUUAAUCAAUGUGGCUAAGACCUCUAUGAGUUCAAAGAUUAUUGGUAGUGAUUCUGAUUUCUUUUCCAAAAUGGUGGUUGAUGCUAUGUUGGCUGUACAAACUACUAACUCUAAAGGCGAAACCAAGUAUCCUGUUAAGGCUGUCAACAUUUUAAAGGCUCAUGGGAAAUCAUCAACUGAAUCGAUGUUUAUUGAUGGUUAUGCUUUAAAUUGUACUGUUGCUUCUCAAGCCAUGCCCAAAUCUAUUCAAAACGCAAAAAUUGCCUGUUUAGAUAUCAAUUUACAAAAGGCUAGAAUGGCCAUGGGUGUUCAAAUCAAUAUCGAAGAUCCUGAUCAAUUAGAAGAGAUCAGAAAAAGAGAAUAUGGAAUUAUCAUUGAAAGAAUACAAAAGAUAUUGAAAUCAGGUGCCAAUGUCAUUUUAACAACUAAGGGAAUAGAUGAUUUAUGUUUGAAGGAAUUUGUGGAAUCCAAUGCCAUGGCUGUUAGAAGAUGCAAUAAAGAAGAUUUGAGAAGAAUAGCAAGAGCCACUGGUGCCACUUUAGUCAACAGUUUAUCAAAUUUAGAAGGUGAAGAAACAUUUGAAAGUUCUUACUUGGGACAAGCUGCUGAAGUUGUACAAACCAGAAUUAGUGAUGAUGAAUGUAUUUUGAUCAAGGGCACCAAACAACAUUCUUCUGCUUCGAUUGUUUUGAGAGGUCCCAAUGAUUAUUCCUUAGAUGAAAUGCAAAGAUCAUUACACGAUUCUUUAUCUGUGGUAAAGAGAACAUUAGAAUCUGGGAAGAUUGUUCCCGGUGGAGGUGCUGUAGAAACUGCAUUAAACAUUUACUUGGAAAACUUUGCUACUACUGUUGGUUCCCGAGAGCAAUUGGCAAUUGCUGAAUUUGCCAAUGCCUUAUUGGUGAUUCCAAAGACUUUGGCAAACAAUGCUGCUAAAGAUAGUUCUGAUUUAGUGUCUAAGUUGAGAACUUAUCACGCAGCUUCGCAAGCUCUGCAAGCCAACGACAGCAAACGUCGUAAUUACAAAUACUAUGGGUUAGAUUUAAUUGAAGGUAAGAUUGUUAAUGAGAUGACUCAUGGAGUUUUGGAACCAACCAUGUCUAAGAUUAAAUCAUUGAAGAGUGCUUUGGAAGCGUGUGUCUCGAUCUUGAGAAUUGAUACCAUGAUCACAGUUCAUCCUGAACCACCAAAAGAAGACCCUCAUCAGCAUUGA